GUCAACUUGAGUAUUUAUUUGAUGCGGGGAUCGAAUAAUUUGACUACGGGUCUUCGCUUCCUUCAUAUGCACUCCGUUAUCAGGCCAAUUGGAACGGCGGGCUGCCGUCAAAUCUCACUAAAUCCCCGCAUACGUGGCUGUGAAAAUGGGUUGCGUGGGCGCUUAGCAUCGAUCCUCCUCCCUCCCCCACUCGUCAAGAAGUUCCCCUCUCCGGCCCGCGAUGGUCGCACAACUAUUUUCGUCCGUCAUUCUCGUGCGGGUCCCUUCUUCAGCACGCAGCGGUACUCCGUGUUCGUUCUAACACCAAGGUGCUCCGUGUGUAUUCAAACAUCAUGGUUUGUUCCCAGUGUUUUCGGUUUCCCAUUGGCUUCCUGCGUUGUUCGGCAGCCCCGCAGGUCCGUGCUAACUUUCCGCGAUCCUCCUGUAGUUCAGGAAGCAGUUUGCCUUUCGCAAGAAGAAAGGGGGCGACCACGAAGUUGCUCUCGUACCCCCCGACCAAGGUGCCGAACGGCUCGCACACGAAGCGUUGUCGACAUCGAGUACUGCCUACAAUACCCCGUUGCGCGACCGAUCGCCUGGUUCUGCCUCAGGGUUCAGCAGCAUCACCUCGGCCGACCGCCAAUCCACGAGCCUCUCAGAAGCCCCGGCGGUCCGCGGGGCCGAAUCAUCCACGCAAGAUCCUCUCGGUCUCAAAGUCGUACACCGACCACCGGGCGAACGCAGGGUUGAUGUCAUAUUCGUUCAUGGCUUGGGUGGCAGCAGUCGGUCGACAUGGUCGCAUAACCGCGAUCCGGAAUUCUUCUGGCCGCUGAAAUUCCUCCCUCUCGAACCAGAAAUCAACGAGGCCCGCAUCUUGACAUUCGGUUACAAUGCCAAUUUCCGGCCCGGAAGUGCGAGGGGCAAGAGUAAGAUGUCGGUCUUGGACUUCGCCAAAGAUCUCCUAUAUGACCUGAAGUAUGCCCAAGAUGAGUCUGCAGCGGAACUGGAAGACCUUGG